AAAAACCCAGCACACACCACAAAAACAUGUAGAAAAAGGAAGGAACAAAAUCAAAAAAAAAAAAAAAAAAUGGAAAACUGAAAGAGAAAACUCGAGCACAAAAGAGCCGUUGGCGAGCACUGAGCUGAGUCCUGUUUAAAAUCUCGACAAAAAAGAAAUAAAACAAAAAGUUUACACACUUGCCAUGCCAUGCCAUCCAGAUAUAUAUAUGUAUAUGUGCUAUAUAUGUAUAGUAUAUAUGUACAAGUGCCUUGAGCAGUGCGCAGGCAGGCGAACAACGAGCGGAGCCAAGUCCAAAGAAAGUUUUACAUAAGUUCUCCCUCCUCAAUCAGGCACCUUUUUUUGUAUAGUUUUUUUUUCGUGAGUGUGACCCAAAAACAAAAAUAAUCAAAGAGAAGGAAGAGGAAAAGGCACCGAGGAGAAGAAGAAGAAGAUGAAGAGGCCAGCAGGAAACACAAAAGUCAAAUAAACUACAUAGCCUGGCUAUGCAAGUAUAUAAAGUAUAUAAAGUGGCUUAUGUGUGUGUUUAAGUGUGUGAAAAAGAGUUUCAAAAAAGCGGCAUCAUGGGAAUCUGCUUGAAUACAGCCCUUUUUUUGUCUUGAAUUUCGGCUCUUAAUUUGUAUUUUUUUUUCGUGUAAAAGCGCGUGUUUGCCAUGGCGUAUACUUGAUGUGGCCGCACCAGCAACGAUUGCGUAUACGCCUAGUGAGCCCCUCUCUGUGUGAGUGAGUGCCUCCGUUUGUGUGUGUGAGUGUGUGUUUGUGUGAGUGUGCGUCACACACAACGUGUUACGCAGAGUAACCGAUAGCCCUUCGUCCCCCUUUCGCAACCGUUGGAAAUUCUUGGUUUGUUGUUUAGACCGAAAAGUGCUCGGAAAAGUAGGCAACGAAAAUGGUUACAACAAAUUGCAGGGCACACACUCGCACACGAACACACAUAACACACACCAGACACACCACACACACCACACAAACACACACAUGAGAACCAGAAUUUAUUUGGGAUAUGGAAAAAAAAUAAGAAGCAGCAGUAGAAGAAGCAGAAGCAGAAGUUGACUAUAUAUGUGUGUGCCGCGGACUUUCGAUUUUUCGUGACUCGGUUUCUUGUGUGUGCUCUCGAGUGUCCUUUGUUGUUGCUCCUUUCUGUUGUUGCUGUUGGCGAUGUGCCCCCUUUCUGCCCCACCAUCGCCCCUCCCCGCCAUCCAACUCCACUCUGCGGAAUUCGCCUGCUGUUUAGGUUAUGUGUAUCUGGCAUGUCCUUUUUAGCCUGCCUUUCCUUUUUGGAGCGCGCAUAUGCGCUAGCACGAAACGAAACCAAACGAAACGAAACUCAACACAACACAAUUCAACUUAACUCGCCUCGAAAAUCAAGUGGCAGGGGGCAAGCUGGCGAACUCAGUCAGUCAGUCAGUCAGUCAGUCAGUCAGUCAGUCAGCCAUUCAGUCAGUCAGUCAGUCGGUCGGUCCUUCGGUCGGUCUGUCACUCAGUCAGUCAGUCAGUUGGGCGCCUUGCUAACUGGCUCUGGGAACAAAACGCAACGUUUGAAGAAAAUUUUUGGCAACACGUCGCGUCGUCUUGGUUGUUGUUAACCACAUCCUGCUAACGCCAAAAACCCAAAUAAAAUUCAACCCAAAUACGCAAUAAUAAUACAAAUUAAACAAACAAAGCAAAACAAAACAAAAAAGCUAAGAAAAUACAAAACAAAAAAAGCAAAAAAAAAAAAAAAACAAACAACAAAUUCAUCUUCUACUUGUUCUACCGCUUCAACUUUAUUCGUCUUCGUCUCCGUAAUAAAUAUAUAAUUAUACAUAUAUAUAUGCAUAUGUGUGUGAGUGCGUCGCGUGUGUGUUGGUGUCUGUAAAUGUGUGAGCCACAACAAAUACAACAACAGCAGCAGCCAGAGCCAGAGCAACAAACACAGCAACAGCAGCAGCAACAACAACAACAACAACAGUAGUUAACAGCAGCAACAAUUCUUAGCAGCAACAAAAAUACCAGCAAGCAACUCCACAACAAAAGCAACAAAAAACAACAAUAACAACCACAAUAGCAGACACAAUAAUAGCAUCAGCGGAUAGAGCGAGCAGCCAAGCACAAUAUCGAUUGACAUCGAUUAACGCAUCGUGCUAAGCGGCGGGCGCUAAUCGAACAUGGCGCCUCGGAUAUAGUUGUAGCUUUAAUGUAGCAGGCGACAUCCAUGUGCCUCAUGCCUUGGAAAUCUAAGGCUCUCAUCGUUGGCCGCAUAGACAAUGACAGAAGAUUCCGACUCGAUAUCUGAGGAAGAACGCAGUUUGUUCCGUCCCUUUACCCGCGAAUCAUUGGUGCAAAUCGAACAACGCAUUGCCGCUGAACAUGAAAAGCAGAAGGAGCUGGAAAGAAAGAGAGCCGAGGGAGAGGUGCCGCAAUAUGGUCGCAAGAAAAAACAAAAAGAAAUCCGAUAUGAUGACGAGGACGAGGAUGAAGGUCCACAACCGGAUCCUACACUUGAACAGGGUGUGCCAAUACCUGUUCGAUUGCAGGGCAGCUUCCCGCCGGAAUUGGCCUCCACUCCUCUCGAGGAUAUCGAUCCCUACUACAGCAAUGUACUGACAUUCGUAGUUGUAAGCAAAGGAAAAGAUAUUUUUCGCUUUUCUGCAUCAAAAGCAAUGUGGCUGCUCGAUCCAUUCAAUCCGAUACGUCGUGUGGCCAUUUACAUUCUAGUGCAUCCAUUAUUUUCCCUAUUCAUCAUCACCACAAUUCUCGUCAACUGCAUCCUGAUGAUAAUGCCGACAACGCCCACGGUUGAGUCCACUGAGGUGAUAUUCACCGGAAUCUACACAUUUGAAUCAGCUGUUAAAGUGAUGGCACGAGGUUUCAUUUUAUGCCCGUUUACGUAUCUUAGAGAUGCAUGGAAUUGGCUGGACUUCGUAGUAAUAGCUUUAGCUUAUGUGACCAUGGGUAUAGAUUUAGGUAAUCUGGCAGCCCUGCGAACGUUUAGGGUGUUGCGAGCGCUUAAAACCGUAGCCAUUGUGCCAGGCUUGAAGACCAUCGUGGGUGCCGUCAUCGAGUCGGUGAAGAAUCUGCGCGAUGUGAUAAUCCUGACCAUGUUCUCCCUCUCGGUUUUCGCGCUGAUGGGACUGCAGAUCUACAUGGGCGUGCUCACGCAGAAGUGCAUCAAGAAGUUCCCGCUGGACGGCUCCUGGGGCAACCUGACCGAUGAGAACUGGGACUACCACAACCGGAACAGCUCCAAUUGGUAUUCGGAGGACGAGGGCAUCUCAUUUCCACUGUGCGGCAACAUAUCCGGCGCGGGGCAAUGCGAUGACGACUACGUGUGCCUGCAGGGGUUUGGACCGAAUCCGAACUAUGGUUACACCAGCUUCGACUCGUUCGGAUGGGCCUUCCUCUCCGCUUUCCGGCUGAUGACACAGGACUUCUGGGAGGACCUGUACCAGCUGGUGUUGCGCGCCGCCGGACCAUGGCACAUGCUGUUCUUUAUAGUCAUCAUCUUCCUAGGUUCAUUCUAUCUUGUGAAUUUGAUUUUGGCCAUUGUUGCCAUGUCGUAUGACGAAUUGCAAAAGAAGGCCGAAGAAGAAGAGGCUGCCGAAGAGGAGGCGAUACGUGAAGCUGAGGAGGCUGCCGCCGCCAAAGCGGCCAAGCUGGAGGAGCGGGCCAAUGCGCAGGCUCAGGCAGCAGCGGAUGCGGCUGCCGCCGAAGAGGCUGCACUGCAUCCGGAGAUGGCCAAGAGCCCGACGUAUUCUUGCAUCAGCUAUGAGCUGUUUGUUGGCGGCGAGAAGGGCAACGAUGACAACAACAAGGAGAAGAUGUCCAUUCGCAGCGUCGAGGUGGAGUCGGAGUCGGUGAGCGUUAUACAAAGACAACCAGCACCUACCACAGCACACCAAGCUACCAAAGUUCGUAAAGUGAGCACGACAUCCUUAUCCUUACCUGGUUCACCGUUUAACAUACGCAGGGGAUCACGUAGUUCUCACAAGUACACGAUACGGAACGGACGUGGCCGCUUUGGUAUACCCGGUAGCGAUCGCAAACCGUUGGUAUUGUCAACAUAUCAGGACGCCCAGCAGCACUUGCCCUAUGCGGACGACUCGAAUGCCGUCACCCCGAUGUCCGAGGAGAACGGAGCUAUCAUAGUGCCCGUAUAUUACGGCAACCUAGGCUCUCGACACUCAUCGUACACCUCGCAUCAGUCCCGAAUAUCGUAUACCUCACAUGGCGAUCUACUCGGCGGCAUGGCCGUCAUGGGCGUCAGCACAAUGACCAAGGAGAGCAAAUUGCGCAACCGUAACACACGCAAUCAAUCAGUGGGCGCCACAAAUGGCGGCACCACCUGCCUGGACACCAAUCACAAGCUCGAGCAUCGCGAUUACGAAAUCGGUCUGGAGUGCACGGACGAAGCUGGCAAGAUUAAACAUCAUGACAAUCCUUUUAUCGAGCCCGUCCAGACACAAACGGUGGUCGACAUGAAAGAUGUGAUGGUCCUGAAUGACAUCAUCGAACAGGCCGCUGGUCGGCACAGUCGGGCUAGCGAUCGCGGUGUCUCCGUUUACUAUUUCCCAACAGAAGACGAUGACGAGGAUGGGCCGACGUUCAAGGACAAGGCACUCGAAGUGAUCCUCAAAGGCAUCGAUGUGUUUUGUGUGUGGGACUGUUGCUGGGUUUGGUUGAAAUUUCAGGAGUGGGUCUCGCUGAUCGUCUUCGAUCCCUUCGUCGAGCUCUUCAUCACGCUCUGCAUUGUGGUGAACACGAUGUUCAUGGCGAUGGACCACCACGAUAUGAACAAGGAGAUGGAGCGCGUGCUCAAGAGUGGCAACUAUUUCUUCACCGCCACCUUCGCCAUCGAGGCCACCAUGAAGCUGAUGGCCAUGAGCCCCAAGUACUAUUUCCAGGAGGGCUGGAACAUCUUCGACUUCAUCAUCGUGGCGCUUUCGCUUUUGGAACUGGGCUUAGAAGGCGUCCAGGGCCUGUCCGUCUUGCGCUCGUUUCGAUUGCUGCGUGUAUUCAAAUUGGCCAAGUCUUGGCCAACACUUAAUUUACUCAUUUCGAUUAUGGGACGCACCAUGGGCGCUUUGGGUAAUCUGACAUUUGUACUUUGCAUUAUCAUCUUCAUCUUUGCGGUGAUGGGAAUGCAACUGUUCGGAAAGAAUUAUCAUGAUCACAAGGACCGCUUCCCAGAUGGAGACCUUCCCCGAUGGAACUUCACCGACUUCAUGCACAGCUUUAUGAUCGUGUUCCGGGUUCUCUGCGGAGAGUGGAUCGAGUCCAUGUGGGACUGCAUGUACGUGGGCGAUGUCUCGUGCAUUCCCUUCUUCUUGGCCACCGUUGUCAUCGGCAAUCUUGUGGUACUUAACCUUUUCUUAGCCUUGCUUUUGUCCAAUUUUGGCUCAUCUAGCUUAUCAGCGCCGACUGCCGAUAACGAUACGAAUAAAAUAGCCGAGGCCUUCAAUCGAAUUGGCCGAUUUAAAAGUUGGGUUAAGCGUAAUAUUGCUGAUUGUUUCAAGUUAAUACGUAACAAAUUGACAAAUCAAAUAAGUGAUCAACCAUCAGGUGAGAGGACCAACCAGAUCAGUUGGAUUUGGAGCGAAGAGCAUGGUGACAACGAACUGGAGCUGGGUCACGACGAGAUCCUCGCCGAUGGCCUCAUCAAGAAGGGGAUCAAGGAGCAGACGCAACUGGAAGUGGCCAUCGGGGAUGGCAUGGAGUUCACGAUACACGGCGACAUGAAGAACAACAAGCCGAAGAAAUCCAAAUAUCUAAAUAACGCAACGAUGAUUGGCAACUCAAUUAACCACCAAGACAAUAGACUGGAACACGAGCUAAACCAUAGAGGUUUGUCCUUACAGGACGACGACACUGCCAGCAUUAACUCAUAUGGUAGCCAUAAGAAUCGACCAUUCAAGGACGAGAGCCACAAGGGCAGCGCCGAGACGAUGGAGGGCGAGGAGAAGCGGGACGCCAGCAAGGAGGAUUUAGGUCUCGACGAGGAACUGGACGAGGAGGGCGAAUGCGAGGAGGGCCCGCUCGACGGUGAUAUCAUUAUUCAUGCACACGACGAGGAUAUACUCGAUGAAUAUCCAGCUGAUUGCUGCCCCGAUUCGUACUAUAAGAAAUUUCCGAUCUUAGCCGGUGACGAUGACUCGCCGUUCUGGCAAGGAUGGGGCAAUUUACGACUGAAAACUUUUCAAUUAAUUGAAAAUAAAUAUUUUGAAACAGCUGUUAUCACUAUGAUUUUAAUGAGUAGCUUAGCUUUGGCAUUAGAAGAUGUACAUCUGCCACAAAGACCCAUACUGCAGGAUAUUUUAUACUAUAUGGACAGAAUAUUUACGGUUAUAUUCUUCUUGGAAAUGUUAAUCAAGUGGUUGGCGCUCGGCUUCAAAGUGUACUUCACCAACGCGUGGUGUUGGCUCGAUUUCGUGAUUGUCAUGGUAUCGCUUAUCAACUUCGUUGCUUCACUUGUUGGAGCUGGUGGUAUUCAAGCCUUCAAGACUAUGCGAACGUUAAGAGCACUGAGACCACUACGUGCCAUGUCCCGUAUGCAGGGCAUGAGGGUCGUCGUUAAUGCGCUGGUACAAGCUAUACCGUCCAUCUUCAAUGUGCUAUUGGUGUGUCUAAUAUUUUGGCUAAUUUUUGCCAUAAUGGGUGUACAGCUUUUUGCUGGAAAAUAUUUUAAGUGCGAGGACAUGAACGGCACGAAGCUCAGCCACGAGAUCAUACCAAAUCGCAAUGCCUGCGAGAGCGAGAACUACACGUGGGUGAAUUCAGCAAUGAAUUUCGAUCAUGUAGGUAACGCGUAUCUGUGCCUUUUCCAAGUGGCCACCUUCAAAGGCUGGAUACAAAUCAUGAACGAUGCUAUCGAUUCACGAGAGGUGGACAAACAACCAAUUCGUGAAACGAACAUCUACAUGUAUUUAUAUUUCGUAUUCUUCAUCAUAUUUGGAUCAUUUUUCACACUCAAUCUGUUCAUUGGUGUUAUCAUUGAUAAUUUUAAUGAGCAAAAGAAAAAAGCAGGUGGAUCAUUAGAAAUGUUCAUGACAGAAGAUCAGAAAAAGUACUAUAAUGCUAUGAAAAAGAUGGGCUCUAAAAAACCAUUAAAAGCCAUUCCAAGACCAAGGUGGCGACCACAAGCAAUAGUCUUUGAAAUAGUAACCGAUAAGAAAUUCGAUAUAAUCAUUAUGUUAUUCAUUGGUCUGAACAUGUUCACCAUGACCCUCGAUCGUUACGAUGCGUCGGACACGUACAACGCGGUCCUAGACUAUCUCAAUGCGAUAUUCGUAGUUAUUUUCAGUUCCGAAUGUCUAUUAAAAAUAUUCGCUUUACGAUAUCACUAUUUUAUUGAGCCAUGGAAUUUAUUUGAUGUAGUAGUUGUCAUUUUAUCCAUCUUAGGUCUCGUACUUAGCGAUAUUAUCGAGAAGUACUUCGUGUCGCCGACGCUGCUCCGUGUGGUGCGUGUGGCGAAGGUUGGCCGAGUCCUUCGACUGGUCAAGGGAGCCAAGGGCAUCAGGACACUGCUAUUCGCGUUGGCCAUGUCGCUGCCGGCCCUCUUCAACAUCUGCCUGCUGCUGUUCCUGGUCAUGUUCAUCUUCGCCAUCUUCGGCAUGUCGUUCUUCAUGCACGUGAAGGAGAAGAGCGGCAUCAACGAUGUCUACAACUUCAAGACCUUUGGCCAGAGCAUGAUCCUGCUCUUUCAGAUGUCGACCUCAGCCGGUUGGGAUGGUGUACUGGACGCCAUUAUCAAUGAGGAAGCAUGCGAUCCACCCGACAACGACAAAGGCUAUCCGGGCAAUUGUGGUUCAGCGACCGUUGGAAUAACGUUUCUCCUCUCAUACCUAGUUAUAAGCUUUUUGAUAGUUAUUAAUAUGUACAUUGCUGUCAUUCUCGAGAACUAUAGUCAGGCCACCGAGGACGUGCAGGAGGGUCUGACCGACGACGACUACGACAUGUACUACGAGAUCUGGCAGCAGUUCGAUCCGGAGGGCACCCAGUACAUACGCUACGAUCAGCUGUCCGAAUUCCUGGACGUGCUGGAGCCCCCGCUGCAGAUCCACAAGCCGAACAAGUACAAGAUCAUAUCGAUGGACAUACCCAUCUGUCGCGGCGACCUCAUGUACUGUGUCGACAUCCUCGACGCCCUAACGAAAGACUUCUUUGCGCGCAAGGGCAAUCCGAUUGAGGAGACGGGCGAGAUUGGUGAGAUAGCCGCCCGUCCGGACACCGAGGGCUACGAACCGGUCUCAUCGACGCUGUGGCGCCAGCGUGAGGAGUACUGUGCCCGCCUCAUCCAGCACGCCUGGCGGAAGCACAAGGCGCGCGGAAGCGGUGGCGACGGCGGUGGGUCCUUCGAGCCGGAUCCUGAACAGGGGGAUCAUCAGGGUGGCGGCGGCAACGGCGGCGAACCGGAGGCCGGAGCUCCGGCGCCCGGUGAUGCGGCGGAUGGCGAGGCUCCAACCGAUGGAGAGGCUCAUCCGGCUGUUAAUGGUAAUGGAACUGGUAAUGGAAAUGUGAAUGUGAAUAUGAAUGGCAAUGGAACUGGCGAUGGAGCUGCCGGUGCCGACGAGAGCAAUGUAAAUAGUCCGAUUGAGGAUGCAGUAGCGGCGGCAGCAGCAGCAGCAGUGGCGACGGCGGCGGGAGCGGUGACGACGACGACGACGGCGGCGGGAAGUCCCGGAGCGGGCAGCGCCGGACGACAGACGGCCGUUCUCGUGGAGAGCGACGGGUUCGUGACGAAGAACGGCCACAAGGUGGUCAUCCACUCGCGAUCGCCGAGCAUCACGUCGCGCACGGCGGAUGUCUGAGCCAGGCCUCGCCCCCCUCCAAGAUGCACGCGAGUAUUAGCAUGAGUACGAGUGUUGGAUGUUGCACGUUGCACGCGGCAUUUGGCUCGUGGUUGCACGUGGCACGUCCAGCGUUGCAAGCUAACAACAACAGCGAACAUGGCGAACAACAAGCAUAAUUUUCUGCUAUAUAUAAUGAAAAGUACAACCAUACAAAAACAAAACAACAAUAACAACAACCAAAAAUACAUCAAGAGUACAACAAGCAACAACAACAACAGCAACCGAUGUAAUAACAAAGGAGAUGAACAACAACAAGCAACAACAACAACAAAAACAGAACAACACCAGUGUAAUGUCUUUGAGUUACAUACAUAUAUGUAUACCCGCAUUAUUCAGUUAACGAGUCAGCAACCAACAACAAUCAUACUUAAGCUAAAUCGAAAUGUCUAAAUAAUUUGUAAGCAGCUCGUAGUCCAAUCAAUUUAGGCGUUUUUCCAAACAACAACAACAACAACGACAACUAUUGGCCUAAGCAGUCGAAAUGAGAAGAAAAACAUCAAUUCACACACACACACACAAAAACACACACUAACAAAACGCCGACAUACACACAUCUUAACAUGACCAUAAACAAUUAUAAUGCCCCAAAACAAAACAAAUAACUUAAAAGAACGAGCUCUAAAAAUUGUAUUUGCCAGUAGUGGGACAACAAACAAAAAAACAACACGCUUGAUUUAAUUAACUACUUACCAAAACCAAAAAAGCAAAUAACAAACAAACAGAAAACGAAGAGAAAUACGAGCGUUUAACGGUAAAGGUAAGGGAGCAGAAGCAAAACCACAAAAAAAAACAAAUCCCCCAAAAGCAACAUUCCUAAAUAAGCAAGAUGAACCCUUUUAACUUAUUCUAAACGAGAUGAGAACACCAAUUUGCAUAGUUUGUAUUGUACAUUUAUCCAGCUUAAUAUUGAAAACCAAAGGGAGUAAAUCAAAAGCGGACCCGAAACAAGUAACUAAAGCAACACCAAUAAAAAAAUACCGCCUGAACUGCCAUUGAAAGCAAUACGAACCAAAGAAAAAAAAAAUAUAACAGAAAGAAAAGAAAGAAAAACAAAAG